AUGGGUGAAGUUAUUGCUGAAGUGUUGAAUCAGACUUUAACAGAAUGGGGUUUAAUUAAUAAAAUGACAGCAAUUAUCACUGACAAUGGGUCAAAUAUAAAAAAAGUGACCCAAUUGCUAGGAUUCAAUAGAAUUCCUUGCACAGCACAUGUACUCCAACUUUCUGUUGGAAGAGGAUUAAU